UCCGCAGCCGGCGGGACGAGGCGGCCACAGUCGCGCUCCUUUGUGCUCCGGCGGCGGCCUCUCGGGUCCUCACCGCGCGUCCUUUCGGUCGGCUAGCCCGAGCUCUCCGGUGACGGACCAUGUCGACGGCAGGAGCGGGCGCAGGCGUGGAGGCGGGCUUCUCCAGCGAGGAGCUGCUGUCGCUCCGCUUCCCGCUGCACCGCGCCUGCCGCGACGGGGACCUGGCCGCGCUCUGCUCGCUGUUGCAGCAGACGCCGCGCGCCCACCUGGCCGCCGAGGACUCCUUCUACGGCUGGACGCCCGUGCACUGGGCCGCGCACUUCGGCAAGUUGGAGUGCCUCAUCCAGUUGGUGAGAGCUGGAGCCACGCUGGACGUCUCCACUACGCGCUACGCACAGACCCCAGCCCACAUCGCUGCUUUCGGGGGCCACCCCCAGUGCCUCAUCUGGUUGAUUCAAGCAGGAGCCAGCAUUAACAAACCGGACUGUGAGGGCGAGACCCCCAUUCACAAGGCGGCUCGCUCUGGGAGCCUGGACUGCGUCAGUGCCCUGGUGGCCAACGGGGCCCACAUCGACCUGAGAAAUGCCAGUGGCCUGACAGCAGCAGACAUUGCUCAAACCCAGGGUUUCCAAGAGUGCACCCAGUUUCUCUUGAACCUGCAGAAUUGUCACCUGAGCCGUUUCUAUGAUAACGGCCCAGUAAAUGGGGGCCAUCAGAGCCGAUUCCUUAAUCAUACUAGCGCGGGAACCAGUCGCAAGAGAUGCUUGGAAGAUCCGGAGCCCUUUGGAGUAAAGAAGGCUAGAAUCGAAGCCCGGAGCUCGGGUCCCUGCAGGCCGCUGGGGAACGGCGACGCGGAUGACGAAGCUGACACGAUGCUGGUCGAUAGAGAGCUUGCUGCUGUAACAGAUAUGAAAAACAGUAGCCCCGUGUUGGAUACACUGACAAAUGGAUGUGUCAUCAAUGGACAUUUGGACUUCCCCUCCACGACACAGCUCAAUGGGAUGGAGAGCAGGAAUGACCAGUGCUUAUCAGGAUCUAAUGGAAUUAGCAAUGGAUUAGUUCGAGGACGGCCUUUUCCAAGUAGCCAGGGCUCUGUUUGUGUUAAUGGGACUGAGGACCCAGAAAAGACGAUGAGCGUUAAUGCGGAGAUGUGCGGCUCUCUGCACCUGAAUGGGAGUCCGAGUAGCUGCGUAGCUAAUAGACCUUCCUGGGUGGAGGACAUUGAGGAGAAUCUGCACUAUGGGCAUUACCAUGGGUUUGGGGACACCGCUGAAAGCAUCCCUGAGCUUAAUAGCACGGCGGAGCACCCCAACUCCGCGAAGGGGGGAGAGAGACACGGUGGGGCUGCCCUGGGGGCCAUGCACCUCUACCAUGGCUCGUAGAGACCAGCGGCCUGACGGUAUCUGGAUACACCCAUCCCUCCUGGUAGCCAGCUCACAAUACUCACGUAGCAGCCAUUGGAGGGAGUGCCACGGCUUGUGCUAUUUUUUUAUACUUCAGCUUUCUGAAAAAGUAAGCUUUUAUUUGAAAAGUUCCUCGUGAGUCCUACUGUAUGCACGAGUAGGACUGAUUGAGCGCCCAGGUGUUUCUUCUGUGGGGUGGCAAGCCUCUUUCAGAAUUUAAUUUUUCUGCUGCCAGCCUCGAUGUUUUCCUUUAAACACCGUCACCACAAAAUGCCAUCUUUCCUCUUGUCAAGUGAAAUUACAUCAGAUCAGGAUAAAUGAGAGGCAGUAGAUGAGGUGCCUGGUGACUCAACUCCUUGCACAUAGUCAUUUUGAAAAGCUUGCUUUUCCUCUUUCCUUUAGAAUUUAUGACCGAAGACCGCUCUUUCCCUAUGCAAAGUACAGCCUUACAAAGAUUUCUUGAAGAAAAGAACAUUUGUCUUUUUCAAAGUCUUUUCAUUGAAACUUUGCAACUUGCCAUGUGGUGGGUCUCGCUUACAGGCACACAUGGUGAUUUGGGGAUGGAAGUGGCCCCUUCAACGAUGUAGCUCCCUGCCCCGGGUUUCACUGAAAACACCUGCAGCCUGGGACUGACUUCUGACCCAUUGUGAUUUUAUUCCACAUUUCUUGCUUUGUCUCUACAGUUUUUACCACAGAUAACGGUUUCCUUUAUAUGUAGUGGAAAUUACUAUUUGUAGGAACUGUCAGGUCAGAAUAUUUAACUGACUAUUUUGACUUAUAUUUUCUUUUUUCCUUGUUUUCGUUUUUGGGGGUUUUCUGCUUUAAAAUAUAUACCACUAUGUAUAUCCAGUCCACUGAGAGAAUUUUGGAUCUCUCUUAAUAAAACUGCACUAAGUUUAUGGUUUUAUAGAAAUUAGCUUUUGUUUAAGCAGCUAGUGGUCACACUGUGCAAAUAUUAUAAUGAAUUUUUACUUUUCUGAUUUUUGUAAUAAAAAUUGGUGAAGACAGAGAAAAUGUCAAAUGAACAAGCCAAUGUUCUAAGAGUGUUACUAACAUCUUGUUUUUAAACUGUACUUUACAAAUUGAAUAAAAAACUCUCACACUCGA